AUAAUGUUAAUAAUGUAUGUAAUAUUAAAAUAUAAUUUGGCAGAGAAAUCAAGAGAAUAUGAAUAAAUGUUAAAAAUUUUCCAAAAACUGUUAAGUCAAAAUCUGUUAUUUCUCAUUGAUGUUAUUUUAAAACGGCUUCUUUUUAUUUCUUAUGAUUUCUCUUCGUCCUCUGCUAUCAGUAGCAUUUCGAUAACGUUUAUCCAACGAUUCUACGCAUUCCAAGGAUAUACUCUUUUUUUCUUAAAGAUUUCGUUUCUUUUAUCGCUAGACUAGUGCGAUAAUGUGAACACGUACGUACAUAGGAGUGUAGCGUCUUCGAUAACGUCGUUACACCUGAAUGUCUGUCUGUGUACAUAUAAAUGCAGAGAAACGUGCGUGGUGCGGCAGAACGUUAGCAGCGCUAGGUGCAGUAUUGUCGAUCGCCGGUGCACGCACAGUAAGGCCUGUUCUACAAUACGUCGUAUGUCGGAUCGUAAACCAACGGGCCUAAGGCGCUUGUGUGAUAUCCACUUGUGUACGACGUGAUCUAACCGGAUCUCCUUUAUUCGCUUACGCUCGUUGAAGAAAGCACGACUCCAGUUUUCCUUCUACGUUUGCCUACAGGCGGAAAUCCAGAGACGAAUCUCAUAUACGAAAAUGAUCAAGAAAUUCAGUUACAUCGUGUUGAUUGUUGCACUGUUAACCAGUGCUCGUCUGGGGACAGGUGCUCCGCAGAACUGGGAAAGCAAAAUGAGAAAAAAUAUGGAUACUUGGAAACGCAAUUUUAAAAAUGAAAUGAAUCAAUUCAACCAAAAUCUGCGAGAUGAAAUGAAUCGAUUAAAUCAAAAUUUGCAUUUGCAACAAUUGCAACGAGAGAAUGAAUUCAACCAAAAUCAACAAACAUUGCAAUAUGAAAUGGAUCAAUUAAACAAAAAUUUGCAUUUGCAAGAAUUGCAACGACAGAAUUCAUUGCAAUCGAUGCUCGCGCAAGUUAACAAAACAAUUGCGAAUCUACCAAAAGAUGCAUCACAAGAAAGUAUAAAAAUAAAUGGCGCAUUUACUAGUGACGGAAUAAUAGGAAAAGGAUCAACAUUAAAUGGCUGCUACGUUAAGAAUAUCAACACUAUAAAUGGUUUGUCAAAAAUAGUCAUGUCCGGCCAUACACCAAACGGAGAACCAUACGUGCGCAUUAUCGAGGAAAGAAAGGAUAGGAAAUAUCUUUAUCGCAAUGAGACCAUUUACAAUAUAAAAACUAACGCUACCGAGAACAUUUCUUUGAAACUGGAUCUCACAAUUCCAGACGCCAGGCACAACGGAAAUUUACUUGUAGAUGCAUCACAAGCAGCUAUAAUAAGUAGCGUAAUUAGUAACGGAAUAAUAGAAAAAGGAUUAACAGUAAAUGGCUGCAACAUUAGGAGUAUCAACACUAUAAAUGGUCUGUCAGAAAUAGUCGUGUCCGGUCACACAUCAAACGGAGAACCAUACGUGCGCAUUAUCGAGACAAGAAGGGAUAGAAAAUAUCUUUAUCACAAUGAGACCAUUUACAAUAAAAAAACUAACGCUACCGAGAGCAUUCGUUUGAAACUGGACCUCACAAUUCCAGGCGCCAAGCCAGAAAUUCUCACGGACGAAUAGUGAAACGAUACGUUCUUAUUUUUAUGUCUUACAUCACGGUAUAUAACUUGCAUUGCUUAAAAUUUGCAUAAAUUGAUCUAAAUUCAUAAACUUAGAUUAGAAAAGAAAAAUGAGAAUAAAGCUACUGCAACACCGUGAGGCCUUCGUAGAUAACAAUAUAAAUAAUGAGAGAAAUUAUGAAUCACGAUAUGUAAAAACAGAAUAUUGUUGAAUUUUUAUCCAUUAAAAUUCGGAAUGUCAGAAAAAUGUGUUUUCUUCGCUCAACCUUGGUGUUAAGAAGAUACAAUUAUGUCGAAAUAUGUUUGAUAAACACAUGUAGUUUUACACGCCUCUCGAAAUAUCAUUAUCUGUCGGAUGAGAACGCAAACCGAUCGUAAAGUGUGACAGUAAAAUCGUGAAUUAUGCGGCAGGGAAAGUCGCACAAUUAUCAAGUUGCGCAAACCGACGGAGUAAAUAUACGGCUAUUUUUUUUAUUAUAAUUUUGCAAGCAGGGGUGAGGAGAGCAGGUUUGUGGACAAUAACAAAUUUCAAUUAAAACACGACAUUAUCGAUUUUAAGAAACCAAUAUCGAUAUCCAUUCCUUCGCGAUUUCCUACUGUGUAUGUUCAGUUGAAUAAGCACUCAUUGUGACAAAGAAUUCCUGUGUACUUUGAUUACAUUGCAAAUAAAACCCUUCUCGAUUGAAAAAACUCUUGAUAAAAACUCUUAGCAAUUAUGUUUUAUGUGUUUCUUAAUAAAACUGUGAUAUUAUUUGCUACUUAAUAAAACUGAUUUCAACAUAU